GCGUUGGACUGAUGUGAGAGAAAACCAAGUUCCGAAGUGCAACAAAUGCAAGCAGCGCGAACGGAUCUCUUGGGUUUGGACACUAUUAAAAAAGAAGAAGAAGAAGGACCUCUUGAGUGCUCAACAACGCAAAGUCAAAGAACUUAGCUUCUUCAGUUCGUGUUUAGAAACGAAGAAACUGUGGAAAAACAGACUGACGUUCCUAUUUCUUGCUGUGUACGCCGAGGGAUAUUCAAACGGGGGAAGAGUGGAACGCGAGGCGGACGCGAAGCGAUCGGCUUUCAAAUUUGUUGAAGCAUAAAUAUUAUGACUGUAAUAUAGAUAAGUUAUAUAAACAACCAUGGUUGAGCGAAAGAAGAGCAACGCUUGGUGCGUUUCGUCAUUCGACUGCGAGCCUGCAAACAAGCCGCCGCCGAAGCGCACCGGUAAAGCGGCAUCGAGCAAGGCUGUGUUCGGCGAAACGUUUGCGCAAAAUGAUCCCAAGAGGAAAAAGCGCGAGACCAGCUUGUCGAAGCUGCUCCAGGCUUGCGAGCCACGAAAGCCCGCCGAACUGGCGGUCAGCAAGCGGAAGCAGAACGAGAUCUGCGACUGGCUUCAGUCCAAGGCGUUAAGGGGACGACCCUCGAUGCUGGUCCUCGCCGGCCCUUCCGGCUGCGGCAAAACUGCAACCGUAAGGUUGCUCGCCGAGGAAAACGGUUUCAAUGUCAUAGAGUGGAUCACGCCGGUCGACCCGGCCGAGGACGAGAACAACCGAGUGAUGCGGCAAGGAGACAGAUUCGAAGACUACCUGAUACGCGCGACGCGUUAUCGCACGGUGUUGGGCGACUGUUUCAAACAACUGCUCCUCGUUAAGGACAUCCCGAAUGUCUAUCAGGAGAACUGCAGCAGCUUCUUCGUGCUCCUGGAAAAAUAUUUCCAAAUAGGAAGGGAACCCGUGAUAUUCGUCUGCACGGAGUCCGGGAAUUCCAGACUGAUGUACACACUAUUUCCACCUGACGCAAGGGUGAAACUCGGUAUUGAUCUUAUCAAUGUAAACGCUGCCACACAUAUCGCGAUGAAGAACGUGCUGACACGAGUGUCCAGCACGUUGAACUCCAUCGCCGGCGACAUGCUACAAGUGUCUCAGCGACACAUUGACGAGAUACUGUCCAACAGCAUCGGCGACGUACGCAGCGCAGUACUAAAUCUAAUUUUCGUCUCUCUCAAAGUGCCCCAGCUACAACUGCGGAGCGAGUGCGGCGUGCGGGAGGAGAUCUUGGGUCUGCUACACGGCAUCGGGAGAGUCACGAAUCCGAGAAGAAAGUGGCACGGCAACUCCUACAAGUUCGUACACGAUCCCGAGGAAAUAGCGGCGUUCUUCCAGUCGCAGUCGGUGGUGUUCGUCCAAUUUCUCCAGGAAAAUUAUCUGAAUACUAUGAGAACCAUGGAGGAAGCCACGGUGGCGGCUGAUAUAUUGAGCCUGGCUGAUGUUCUAAAUUCCGAAUGGCGUGAUCGCAAUUUAAGUAAAGUUGCGCUAUCGUACAGCAUCCGCGGCUUGAUGCUGACGAACGAGAAGCCUGUAACUGGCUGGAACCCAGUGAGAAAACCGCCGGAUGAUCGCAGUAACAUACGAAGGUGUUUGGCAACGGCAGAAGCGCGCUGUUACGAAGCUAUAAUUAAGCCUACUUCGAACAAGACGAAUGAAACAUUGGCCGAGGAUGAGGAGACAAUUAUCGAAGAGGAUUAAGACACAGUUGAAUUAAUUAAUGCGAAAUACUCUUUUUCAUACUUGUUCCUUCUCAUUAUAGCUUUCCUCCAAUAAAUUUCCUGCAAAAUAGAAAUGAAUUGAAGGUACUUUGUUAUAAAACUUCAUUACAUGUUUUCUUCAAUUUUCCUGCGAAAUAAA